GGAAAUAUUUCCAUGGGUGUAACGCUGAAAUUGAAUUUUUCCAGUGAAGAUGAUCUUUGAAAUCGAGCCACGACAAAAUCUUAUUUAACGCGGAAACAAAGAAACGUAUUUAAGACGUUCCAGGGAUCUUCUAUUAAUCAGAUGGAAAUGGUUCAUUCUUCUCAUUCUUUUUCUUCAAUUUCUUACGAGAGAAUAGUGAUACACAGUAGUUUGAAAAAAAAAAAAAAAAAUAAAAGAAAGAAGAAAAAUAAAAAGAGAUAGGUGAUUGUAACGAAUCGGGACUCAGUCAAAAGAGAAAUAAAACAUCCUUUCUGAGUUCGAAAAAAAGGAAAGCAAAAGAAAAUAAAAAUGAAAGCAAAGCGAGUCAAGUCAAAACAAAAAAGAAAAGAAAACAAAAUAAAAGUAAACAAAAAGGGAAAGGUACAUGUACUUUAGUUAUAUACCGUAGGUACUACGGCUGGCAGGCCACUCACCGAGACAAACGUUUUUAUUAGGAAAAAUCAGGAGGCGAGACGAAAUCUAGGACCGAGCGCGUGCGCUUUGGGAUAGGCGAAGGAGGGUUGAGGAAAAGGUUGAGGAGUAGGGGUUGGCGCCCGGUGGCGCCCCACUCGUCGCUCGGCACCCUUCCACUUUUGGCUCGCGGCGCGCACGCCGUCGCCGCCGUCGCCGCGACGGCAGGGUUGGGCUGUUGUCGGAAGGGUGGAGGUGUCAGGCGCCAGUCGCUACGCGGACGCUGAGCUCGGGAUUUCCCUCGUCUUCGCGAUAUAGAGCUCUAUUUUCAGUAUCUAUCUAUCUAUCUAUUUAUCUCUCUCUCUCUCUCUCUCUCUUUCUAUUUUGCUCUUUCCACCCCUUCGCCCCUCUAAAAGCAGUGCGUGUGAAUGCGCGCGCGCGCUCCCCACGUUUUCACCCUCUCCAUUUCAUAUCUUCUUUUCUCCUUUCUUCCUUUUUUCUUCCCCUCUUCUUGUUGUUCAUUUCCUUUUCUUUCGUUUUCGUUCCUAUUCCAUCGUGAAGCAACCUUUUAUGCAUGCGCCGUUUUUUUUCCAGUCGACAAUCGAAGAAACGAAAUACACACCCCUCGAAAAUAUCAUUCAAGUCCAGACGCAACCCUCUUUCCAUAUACAUCCCGGAGUUCUUACCCGCUUGAUUCGUCCUAGUCGUAGGGUGAGGGUCGUAGGAGCAAGACAUUUAGAGAAAGAGAGACAGAGAAUCGAGUUGUAGAAGGGGAAUCGAGAUAGGAAGAGAGAAAGAGAGAGAGAAAGAGAGAGAGAGAGAGAGAGCGAGUAAGGGUUCGGGUGGUGGGGAGGAUUGUAAGUUCGCGAGAGUUCAGUAGAACGCGUGUGAUCGAGAGUCGCAGUCGCGCGGGACAUUUUCUUUUUCUUAUUUCGUGUUUUCGCGUGUCUUUUUGUAAGAAAGUGAUGAUAAGAGAGUUCUCUUCUUCGAAGAUCGUGAAAGGAUAGAGUGAUCGAUUCGAAAGUACAGUAAUUCAUCGAAGGUGGUUUCGAGAGAGGAUAAAGAGGGAGCUGUACGAAGAGAGAAAGAGAGAGAGAGAGAGAGAGAGAGAAAGAGGAGGAAGUGAAGAGGAGUAGAAGGAGGGGGAGGAGGAGAAGAAGGAUCAUGGAGAAGAAUGGAUCGAGAUUGUGAUGUUACUUGCGAGGGAAUAUACGAUUAAAAAUAAUAACGGAGGUGGCAUAGGUGUAAUAUAUUACUUCGGGGAAGAUUGGAUGAAACGUUUCAACGAAGUUCGUCGAACGUCGUGAAACGCUUGUUUAGAUUCAAUCUCGGAUCAGGAUCUUUCAUGACACGCCAUUGGAAAGCUGAAAACUUUCUCGUCGAGCUUACCUUUCUCGAGUACCUUCGUAGGUCGUAUGGUUAUCUUACGCUCUUGGAAUUUUUAUUACAUAAUUUUCUUUUGAUCCUUCUCUUCCUUUUUAUUCACAUCCUCAUAUCAAAGAAAUCAAACUAUUUGUUCAUCGUAACUUCUUAUUGCUGUGACUUCUUCGUGUUGUUCAAAUUGAAGGAUUGUUGUUAUUGUUUGUAUUAAAAAAAAAAAAGGGAAAAAAAAAGAAAAGAAAAAAAGAAAGAAAGAAAGAAAGAAAGAAAGAGAUAAAAUUACUAAUUCAAUUUUAUAAUUGGUGAUAAAGAUAAUAUGUCCUUUCGAUUAUUCUGUCUCUAAUUAAAAUUUCUUUCAACGUAAAAAGUUCAAAUGAAGACAUUUGAUAUAUCAAUUGUAAUAUGAAACGAAAGAAUGGUUACGAUUAUAGCAAGUUUGAAAAAUCGAGUCGUCGUUAUUCGUAAAAUACUAUUGCUUCGUUAACGAGAUUCCUUCUUCUCGCUUCGCGAUUGUUUCCUACGGUAUAGCUUUAUAUAAAUCACGAGAACUCUUUAAAUCGUUUCUGUUUUCUACUAAUAGUUUCGAGCGAUCCCUUCGUUUUCUUCCAUUAAGCAUUUCCUCGACGGAGGGCGGAAAAUUGGAGCGACGAUAAUUAAAGAAGUUUUAUCCGAGUCCAAUAGGAUCCUGUGUAAGUAAUCUUUCCGGGUCUUUCGUCGAUUCACUUCGUUUUUAUUUGAAAAAAAAAAAAGAAGAAAAAAGAAAAAAAAUAAUAAUAAAACGAAAAAGUAACUAUUCCAACUUGAUAAAUAUUACUAUUAUAAUAAAAUAAAUCCUUAGUUAUUAUAUAUCCAAUGAGUUCUUCCUUAUUCGAUCGAUAUACGUAAUACAAUGUUUUAUCUAAGAUUAAGAUUUAAGAUAGUUAUUUUCAUAUCUGAAUAUAUUUCAUUCAAAAGAGUCGAAUAAUAUAAAGAAUAUGGAAGGAAAAAAAAAAGAAUCUUAAUUAUCAAAGAUAAGAUUUAUCUUGGUAGCUUAGUGAAAUCUCUUAAGGGAAUCGAUAAUCUGGUAUCGACAUAAAAAGAAGCAUGGUAGCUUAUUCCGUAGGAUUAUCUUUCCUGAUUCCACUUGGAGAGCAUCUAUCUCUGGGAUCGAAUAUCUUUUUCAUUUCUAUCUCUCGUUUAAAAAAGUCUUCGAUGUUGACUCGUUCCGUACUCAACGUCAUCGCCGUGAUAAUUACCAAAGUUUAAUCGUUAGCCAUAAUUAAAGGCCCUCGAAUUCCCAAAGGUGUUAGCGUACUCGAGUGCCGGAUGGUCAAAUAAAAAGAGGAAAAAAAAAAUGGACGCUGUUUCAUCCAAAUUAAAGCGAAGAGAAGCUUCCUGGAAUGAAGAUAGAAACGGAGGAACUAGAGAAGGUAGAAGAGACUUGUAACCCGAGGACAGGCAUGUACGAGCUGACGCGUACAUUUAAAGUUACAUAUAUAACAUAUAUAGAGAUAAGGAAUGUUUGUGCUUGUAUGAGUAAGAGAGAAAUAGAGAAAGAGAGUGACCAAGCUCGUCGCACGACACGAGAGAUAGCAUUAUCAGAAUUUCGUUCAGGGUAAACUCCACUAAUUUUAACUAACGUUGGAAAUAUCGCGAAACUUUUGAGCAGCAAACCCACCGGCAAACAAUUUAUCUCGGCGUCUCUCUAUCCGAAGGAGCUCGAGUGGAUAGGAGAUGGAGAAAGAGAUCGAAAACGAGACUCUCGUCUUUCUCUUUCCGUCUCUCCCUCUCUCUCCCUCUCUCUCUCUCCCUCUCUCUCUCUCUCUCUCUCUCUCUCUGUCUGUCUAUCUCUAUCUCUUUCACACUCACAGUUACGGACACUAGUAUAACGGAGCGCGCAUAGAUACACAGACACAUACAUGCACAUAGUCUAGCUUUCCCUUCGACUUCGCUCUCUUACUUAUCCACUCGCUUUGCGCGGUCUGAUAGGGGACUUUAGUACCAUCUAAAGUACAGUAUAACCCAGGGAAUUAUAGUACUGCUCCCGUGCCUGCAGUCUACUUCGUGGUAGCAACUUAAUAAGCCGAUAGGAUAGGAUCGCAGUGAGAGUGGUCGACCUCCGUCGCGUUGAGUCCGCUCAACAUCGAGCGACAUCGACGUCCGAGUUAAUCGUCCGAUCGGUAUCUAGGGAUCAUGUAAUAAUAAAAAUAAAAGAAUGGUAUGAUAUCUCAUAAGGAGGGAGUCUAUUAUCUAGUCGAUAUUGAAUGUUGGCACUCGUAAAGCUGCAGCAAACGACGACGACGACACGAGGGACCGAUCCUCUUUCCUUUUCGUCGAUCCUAUCAAUGAGAUCGAGUACUUUGAUAAGGGACGUUCGCUUCGUUCUUUUCUUUGCCCACCAUAAGCUCCAAUAACGGUGGAUAGAUUGGAGAACGAGAGAGAUGCCAAGUUUAUGAAGAAAGAAAAAAAGAAAAAAAGAAAAAAAAAGAAGAAAAAAAAAAGACGUCAAUCACAUCGUCAAUACAACAAACAAUGUCAAUUAUAUCGAAAAAUUUUCUAUUGGAGAGUUCUUUUAUUCUUUCACAUGUUCAACGUAAUUAUACGUGAAAUUUUCAAAUAAUAUUUUAUUCAUAUUAGAAAGAAGAUCAUUAAAAUUAAUCUUAAUUAGUAUCGUACAGGAUAUUUGAAUUUUUUUGAUCACCCAAAUAUGUAUAAUAAUACAUAAUUGAAAAGAAUUAUUAAAUAGGAAUCAAAUUGAAUGAACUAUUGGAUAAUCUAAAAAGAAGAAUGGCGUACCGAACUCAUUCAACUUACAUUUUCGAAAGAACCAACGAAAUGCAAGUCAGAAGAUUUUCAAAGCACGCUAUGCGAAUGCAUUCUCGGGUGUUUCACGUGCGAAAGUAACUGUGAAUGAAAGACCAUUCGAUGGAGAAAAGACGAGGAAAGAAAUAGAAAAAGUAAAAGAGAGAGAGAGAGAGAGAGAGAGAGAAAUCUCACGAUCGUGUAUUCAAAUGGGAGGAACCAGAUGCUGGUAACAGAGGAAAAUUUGAAGAAAGGGAAGUGGUGAAAUGCCUCGUUUAUCCCUUUCUCUCUUUCUCUUUCACGAAUGUACACCAUCGUCCGAGGAUAAUUGCUUUCCCCUUUUUCUCCUUUUUAUUUUCCUUUCCACUCCGUUCUUUACCGUAACGAGCGUAUGCACGACGUGAUAGCUAUGACGUGAACGUGAAAAAAUGACUUAAACGCCUUUACUAAUUGACAAUUACUUCAGGAAAGUUAUAUUCUUCUCUUUAAAAUUUCGUUCAUAUUUCUUUUUUUCUUUCUUCUUUUUCCCCUUUUUUUCAGGUAGACAAUGUGAUAUUUCUCUAAUCUAAAAAUACUGGGAGAUUAGGAGAAUACACGGAAACUAAAAAAAGUUAACAGGAGUUUUCCCAUAUUUAUUGCUCGAAACGAUCGACACAAAGGUAGAUAAGAAUAAAAAGAGGGAAAGGAAAAACAGUUUGGACGAUAUCAGAAAGAGGACAUCGAGGAUCGGCAGUGAAAGAAAAAUAAGGAAGAUAAGAGAAAAGGAUCUUAGGUGGGUUUUAUGAAAAGGCGAAAAAUGCGAUAGAGAUUGGUGAAUGGUCGAUGAAGCAUCAUCAUGUGCUCGAGUGUAAGAGCUUGGUGGUGGAGGGGAGCUCUCUUGGGCACGAUGAUGCUCGCUUGGACUUGUAUCGUCGAGGGUUGCCCGAGUAUGUGUGCCUGCAAGUGGAAGGGUGGAAAGGAGUGGGUGGAGUGUGCGAAUCGAGAUCUGAAGGGACUACCACAGGGUGCCGGAGAGGAGACUCAGGUGUUGGAUCUGUCGGACAAUCACCUGGUCAGUUUACCACCGGAAUGCUUUCACGCUUUGGGACUGAUCAAUCUUCAGCGACUCUAUCUCGGUAGAUCGCAUAUCAGUAGAAUAGCCGUGAGAGCAUUCGAAGGGUUGGUCGGGCUGGUUGAGUUGGAUCUGACAGAAAAUCUGAUCGACGAGAUACCAACGGAAAGCUUUUCGUCUUGCCCGAAUCUCAUGAGGCUGACGUUGAACGGUAAUCCUAUAGUGGAGAUCAAAAGGGGUGCCUUUCAUCGUCUGGUGCAUCUGACGAAUCUGGAGUUGAGCCAUUGCAGACUUGAGAUCAUCGAGGAAGGUGCCUUCGAUGGUUUGCAUUCCCUCGAAUGGUUACGUCUGGAUGGUAAUCGAUUGACGUACAUGCCGAAUCAUACCUUACCACUCGGUGGUAGCUUUCGAGGAUUGACAUUACACAAUAAUCCUUGGUUGUGCGACUGUGGCUUGAGAAUUCUGCAGGCUUGGCUGAAGGAAUCAGCACCGGCAGCUCCUCAGGAAUCUGAACCUAUUUGCGAUAUGCCAGUUCGUUUACGAGAUAGACAGAUAAAAACGUUAAAGGACAACGAGCUCGCGUGCCUACCGCGGAUCGAGUUGCAGGAACGUGUCGACGUAUACGAGGGUAGCAACGUGACGUUCCAAUGCAACGUUCAUGCUAUACCGGCAGCUACGAUCACGUGGUGGUUCAACGGAGAUAUCUGCGAGCUUCAGAAUGAGAAUGAUUCCUCGACGAUGAAUUUCUUAACUUUUCCAAGAUACAUCUAUAGGCAACGUGGCUCGACCAACAUGUCGAGCACUCUGUACGUAUACUCGGUGGAGGCUAACAACGACGGCGUCUAUAGUUGCGUCGCAGAGAACACUGCUGGUACUACUGGCGCUAACGUCACCCUGAAGGUUCUGUUCCGUGAAAAGGUAACCGCGGAACCUCCAUCGGACGAUCCAGGUUCCGGUUAUGUAGCAGCGAUAGCUGCUGGCGCGCUAGUAGGCACUCUCUUCGUUCUUGGCUGCGUGGUCGGUAGUAUUGUAUUUUGCGUGAGGAAACGUCGACGCGAUCGGAAGAGGAAUUCCAAGGCAUUGGUCUCGCAAAACAAAUCGGUGAUGCCUAUCACGAAGGAUACAACGACGAGUCUGCCAAGUUGUAGAAAGGGUAAUGGCAGUUUGGUUGGUUUCGAGCAUCAACAGAUCGUAUCUUACACUGAACGCGAAAUUGGCAGAGCUGCGACCUUGGAACGAAGAGAACAACGUGGUGGUAAUUUGGAAGAGUCCUAUGGUAGUCCGGUAUCAAAGUAUCUAACAGAACCGGACUUGAUAAAUGAAGUUCCUGAAACCACGGACGUGACCUAUGGCCAAUUAUACCGUCAUCAGACAAACGAGAGGCACGUACUCGAAUACGACUCUGGUUAUCCGAUACAACCACCGGACUUACGUCCAUCGAAUAUACCGCAAUUGAGUUACUUGGAUCAGGAUGGAUAUCCUUUGAACUUUGGCCUGCCAAAGAUCUCGUUCAAUAACGCGAGUACGCUUCCUCGAUUAAGGACAAGAAUGGCAGAAGGUUCGGCCGUUGCCCCACCGGCUAGAUACUCGAGAGAAGCUGAGUUCUUAGCUAGAUCGACGGCAGGUUAUGAUCCAGUUUUACCUAGGACCGAUGCUAGAUACACUGCCGAAGGUUAUCCGUACCCUCCUCAUCAACCAGUUGAACAACCAAUACAGCAGCAGCUUCAACAACCCGUCAUCUCGCCCGUUGUCUCGCCAGCCUCAGUUUUUCCAGAGGUUCCUUUCAUACCGUCACCACCUGCUGCUUACAGAGGCGAAACCACACCACUAUCACCGAGAUCUUUACUCGGCAAGACUGCACGUGAAGCAGCCGCUGCUGCUGCGGCUAGGGCGGACGAACUUCAGCCACCUCAUCAUCCAGAAAGUCCGGACGAAGGUUACGUUGGCGAUGCCAUGGACGUUUGAAAAUUAUCACGAAUUUCAUCGUGCUCAAUUGAUCGAUACAAAAAACGGUAAAGACGGUGGGAUCGAUUUCUAUUUCAUUCGGAUGACCAAAUCUCUCGUUCCAAAUGUUCCGCUACUCUGUGCUUCCAUCAUCGAUUUUUGUUCGUUGUUUUCUUUCAAUUCCAAAUGACGAGUAAAACAGUCGAAAAGGAAAAUGGAAAAAGAAAAAGAAGGGAACUAUGAUCGAUCGAUCCGAAAGAAUAGCCAUACGAAGUAUUAAUAAUCGUUUCUAUCGUUGGACCAUUUAAACUCAUUUUGAUCGACAUCGAAAUAAACGAAGAUCGAGCUGUGGAUUUAUGUGUUCGAUUUAAAGACAUUUCAUCCACAUAUCGUGUAGUAAAUUUUGUGGGGGCAACAUCGUGCUAUUACUUCGUACACUCACAGCUCUCUAUCAUCCAUCGUCUUUCUAUAUCCUUCGAAAUGGGUCGACGUCGUCGUUGACAUAGUCGUUCUCGGCCAUCGAAAUGGGCGUUAAGACGACAUCGAAUCGGAGGAAGCAUAGAGGAAGCUCGAACAAAGGAGGAAUCCCACUGUCGGUACCGGUCCUACGAAAUUAAUCAGCUAGGAGAGAGAAUAUCUGGAAUUCUCGGACUACGACGACGACGACGACGACGACAUGUCUCUCUCUCUCUCUCUCUCUCUCUCUCUUUCUCUUUCUCUUUCUCUCUCUUUCUUUCUCUCUCUCUCUCUCUCUGUCUCUCUCUCUCUCUCUCUCUCUUUCUCUUUCUCUCUCUCUUGUGAGAUCAUAAUUUCUUGUCGUAGACACGUCUCUUGACGUUCGUUGCAGAAUGCUUCGAAUCGAAUAAUAAUAAUCGGUCGACGUAGAUCUCUACGUAGAUCCUCACAUGGCCCCAUAGAUCCUCUUCGGCCCCUUUAAGGAACGGGAAUCUAUUCGUUAAUCAUUCAACGAAUAAUUAUCGUUCGACGAUCAAAAAAUCAACUGUGAAACAGAUUAUAAUAAUUUCUCUGACAAAUGACAGUGAAAUAUGUGCGACAUAUAUAUAUAUAUAUAUACAUACUUUCGACGAGAUGAUUUGAAAAACAAAGAGAUAGAUAGAGAGGUGAUUAACGAUAAGAGAAAGAUCAACGACCUAACAAAUAAUUAUCUACACGACACUGUACGUACAUACGUAUAUACGUGAAAUUCGUUCGAUCGCAAAACUUUUCACCAUCCUCUUCACCCUCGUCUUACCCCAUCGAUAACUUCACCUUUUUUAGACGUACUAAGUAAACCAAUACGAUUAAUGGAACUUCGAGACAUUUUCUGGGACGAAAAAAGAAAAAGAAAAUAAAAAAAAAAAAAAAAGGAAGAAGAAGAAGAAGCAGGGAUUUUGCGGAUGUAGUCAUUCUGCUGUAGUGAUAAUAAUGUUAACUCGGUGUUUAAGACUGCCGGAUUGAAGGUAACGUCGAAUUAACAGGACGAUAGAUAUUACUGGUGGUUACUUUAAAUAUCUAAUGUACAGAGACUGUCGGGUAUACAUAUAAUAUGUACGUGUAUUAUACACACAUACGUAUAUAUAUAUAUAUAUAUAUAUAUAUAUAUAUAUAUGUAUAUAUAUAUAUAUACAUGAAUGCGAUGAAACUUUUGAACGGUGAAAGUAGUUAUUUUUUAAAAAGGAAAGAAUCAUCGAGCCAAUUCUACGAUUUUUUCUUUAAUGGACGUCUUGAAAAAAUUUGUAUAAAAACGUUCGACACGAUCUGCGAAGGACAUUCGAGAGAAUAAUAUAAUAACGCGAAUUCGUGAUUAUGGGUACUAUGCCUAAUUAAAAAUUGUCUUUAUCCGUGUGAAAUAAUCGUCUCGUUAAAUAAUUAACUCGAAUGUCCACGCAAUAAAUUAACGUAACGUACAUUAGAAAGAAGAAGUUUAAUGUAUAAUCGAUAAGGAAUCAUCUCGUAACGAAGGAAACUGGAGGUGUGUUCGAGAUAAAAAGAAGAAAAGAAAGGAGUGUGAGAGUGUGAGUGUGCGCAUUGAUUACAAGACGAUAUCGGACUUUAUAUAUACAUUUAUGUAUAUAUAUAUAUAUAUAUAUAUAUAUAUAUGUGUGUGUGUAUAUCAUCGAAAUAAGAAGAAAAAACACCCUGUCUACAUCGAGAAUCGACGUUCUAUUAUUUUUCGUCGGACAUUAAAACCAUUGAAACUUAAUUUUAUUCUUAAAGGACAUAUGCGACACACACGCACAAACACACACAAGUACACACUGACACAUAUACACGGUCGUUCGAUUGAGAUCGUUCAAUACUUUGCGGUCCAUAAUUACUAUCGACGUUCCUUCUUCGUCAAUCAAUCGAUAUUAAUUUAUAAUCGGGUUUAUUUUACUUACAAAUAUUGUAAGAAAAAGUAAUUAUUUGUGAAGAAAAUAUUAUUCAAAUUUUUGCAAUUUUCAAAUUAGUAUAAUAAUUUCAAAAUGAACGCGUAUAUAAUAAUUUGCUAUAAGGUGUAUUAGAAUAAAGUGUGUUAAAUUAAAGUCAACAUUGGACCGCAAAGAAAAAUGAAAAUGUAAGCCUAACAUGACUUUUAUAGAAAAAAAAACAAAAAAAAAAUAAGAUCGAAAAAUUUGUAAAUUCCAUUUUUGUUAUAAAAGUUCGCCUAACGUAUAAUUUUCUUCUUCGUUAACCCAUUACCAAAGUCUCACAAUUCAUUAUAAAUUCGAAGAAAAGGGAGACGAAGUUUAUCUUAUUGUCAGACAUUGUCUCUUAUCUUUGACAUUUCCUCGAAUAUACGGAAAGUUGAGUUUGGUUUACGCAUUAUAGGAAAGAUCGAUCUACGUUCUCACGGCCGUUCUCGAGUUUAGUAAGUUUUUAAGUAAAUAGACAGAACGUUAUACGCGUGCACGCGCAGAAAGAGAAGUUAGAAAGAGAAAAUCGGAAAGGGAGAUAGAGAUAGACAGAGAAAAAGAGAAUAUGUAUAUGUGUGUGAGAGAGAGAGAGAGAGAGAGAGAGAGAGAGAGAGAAAUAUAUAUAUUCACGUAUAGUGUCCUAUAAUAGACAUAUAUACGUGAAAAUCGCGCGCGUAGAUUCAACUCGAUAGAGACUCGAACGCGCGCGCGCGAGCGUGCGUUCUACAGGGUAAUAAGAGAUGGAAGUGUGUUGUGAAUGUUAAGUUCCAUUGCGAAUGUAUAUGUAUAUUAUGACGUUAUAGGUGUUUGUAAACUCUGAUAUAAAGUGAAAGAGGACAAACGUGUAAAACGAAAAUUACGACACAAAAAAAGAACAUGGAUUUUUAUAGAUACUUAUAAACAUUAUCAUUUCCUUUUUUUCUCUCUCUCUUUCUCUCUCUCUCUCUCUCUCUCUUUUGAUGAUAUCGCCUAGAUUUAUAUUGUUUAUUUAUUUAUUUAUUUAUUUACUUAGUUUGUUAGUUCUGUUAAUUAUUUCGCUCGUUCACUUCUUUUUGAAUUUCUUUUUUUCUUUUUUUGCCAUCACGUACACGCACAAAUAUAUGCGCUCGUAUGUGCUGAUCGAUCUCACACAUAAAUAGAUAAAUAAAAUGGGAAGGAUGAAUGAAAAAUUGUUAAGAAUUGAAAUUUAUUGGAUUAUCGACUAGAAAAGACAAAGGUAAAAAGAAAAAAAGAAAAAUAAAAAAAAGAAAGAAAAAUAUGUUUCUAGCGAAUUUUCUGGUAAAUUUGUUGCGAAAAUAGAACAUUAUUAGUCGAAAACGCUGAUUCGCGUAAAAUUAACUUGGCAAUUAACGUGGUAAAGAACGAGUCAUGGUACUUACGAAUUCCUACACGCGAAAUUUUUUCGCGUCCUGCGUUCCUUUUCUCUUUAUAUAUUUUUUCUCCCUCUUUUCCUCGUACAAAUGUACCCAUUUACAUAGAUCUUUGUUUUUCUUUUACAGUAUUCUCGUUGUAGAUUCCAAAAGUCGCUCACUCGCACUCUCUUCUGUACAUACGUACGUAUGUACGUACAGUCCAGAGAAAACAAGAGAGUUCACAUUUUUACGAGGACUGCCAUUUUAAGUACAUACGUCCAAAUGAUUGUACACAUUAGCCCAUUUCGUAAAACGUGUCCUCAUGAGGAAGAGAGAGAGAGAGAGAGAGAGGGAGAGAGAGAGAGAGAGAGAGAGAGAGCGAGCGAGCUCAUUUCACGGCCCAUAUUUUUUAUCAUCUCUAACAGAAAAAAAAGAAAAGAAAAAAGAAAGGAAAAAAGAGAGCAUAACAGCUUUCGUAUAAUUCACAACACGGAUCGAUUGUAAAGAAUUAAGAAUUUAAAGAGGAAAAAUGAGAAAUCAUGAAAAUUUUCAUUUCACGAGGACCAUUCGUUUUGACAUAUCUCUAUAUAUUAUAUUUCCCUAUAUACGUUUGACCAUUUCGUUUAUUUCCCUUUUCGUUAAAAAUCCUCUCCCUUUCUUCAGAAAAAGGAUAUUUGUCCUCAAGCUUGUUCGCAUCGGUCUGUUUGAAAAAUUUACAAGGAUCUUCCUAGAGAAAAGUAGUUGUCGCUUCCCAUGGGAUUUCUCAUCCCUAUUCUAUGCAAACGAAAGAAAGGCAAUAUCUAUUUUUACAACGAUCUUCUCGUUACGUGAUCGGUUUCACUCGUCUUCUAGUUUUUCUUCUAUUCUUUUCUAUCCUUUUUCCUUCCUAUCUUUUUCCUCGUACAAGUAUACUCGUUCGUGCAACUUCUUACAUUCUUCUUACUUCCCUCCUUCCACUUUUCGUAUUUCUUAUCUCAAAAUCGGUUGAAGUUACUCAUCCCGUAUAUUCAAAGUUUUCCCACAUUUUACGAAUAAUGAGUAACGAAUGACGAGAAAAGUUUUGUUCGUGAAUGAGUAUUACUUUUUUUCUUCUUUCUUUUUUUCCCCCUUGGUCUCUAUAGUAAUUAUGAACUCUAUUCAAAAAAUCUGUUCGAACGAUCACGGUAUUACUUAUUUAAAAUGGUUCGUAAUAAUUUUUCGAAAGGAGAGAAAAAAGAAGAAAGUACGAAGAAGAAGCAAACAAAAUCUUAUUAAGAGUAACAAAAUUAUUCAAUAAAAAGUUUAUCGGGAAUUAAUGUCGAAAUCAUUCCGUUUAGAUGUGAAUCUGAUUUACACGGUAAAAUGGAUAAAAUUCGAUAUGUUUCAUGAUACCUAAAUAAAGCUGAAAAAAGAAAGCAUAACUCACUUGAUCGAUUUAUCAUUUUCCAUAGGUCGAAUAUCGCGUGUUGAUACCAACGAGAAUACGGAAUCCUCGUAAAGUCCUCUACAUAACUGAUUGAAUUGGGAAUACUUUUACCUAUAGAUAUAUACAUAUAGACAUUCUCGUUAACGAUAACUUAUCGUUCCCGGACUGGCCGGUAUUAAUUAUUAGGGAGUGCGCGACGAUUAUAUGCGCGCAAGCCACGAGAAUUUAAUUAAUACCUGGCCAACCGAGCAAACUCACACGUACGUAUAUACAUACAUAUAUAUAU